AUGGCCCUAGACCUCAGUGGCCCAAGACCUCAGAGACCCAAGACCUCAGGGCCCAAUAACCUCAGGACCCAAGACCUCAGGGCCCCAAGACUCAGGGCCCAAAGACCUCAAGUUCCCAAUGAGACCAAGGCCCAAGACCUCAGUGCCCAAACCUCAGGGCCCAAGACCUCAGGCCCAAGACCAUCAGGGCCCAAGCCCUCUAGAGCGACACAAGUGGCCCUGGGCCUGGCCAUUGAGCAGUCUUCUGUGCCCACAGUGAGCCUGGUGCACGGAGCCCAUGUGCUCGACACGACUCACUUGGAGGAGAUCCGGAGUGUGGCUCAGGCCUACCUCCUCUCUGCAUCACAAGGUAACCACGGUAACUACUGCAUCUCCUCCCUGCAUCACUCCCUUGGACCGGGGCUGUCCCUCUUCUACAGCGCCUCAGGGCCCUAUAGAGGCGCACAUGAGGGUCUGCACAGAGGCCCCAGAGCCCAGGCCUGGGCCUCUGCAGGACUUCCUUCAAGGAGAAUGGGAGACACUGAGACAUGUGGUGUCCUCAGGGCUCUCCCCAUGUCCCCACCCCCCUCAGAGGCUGAGCUGAAGCACUUGGAGAGGAGAGUGGAGCUGCUGACCUCUUACCUGUGGCAGUGUGAGAGUCUGCAGCCACAGGCCCUCAGCCUCUCGGCUCUCUCCAGACCACAGGGCUUCCUGCUCAGCCUGAGGAGACAUUAUAGCCAGGCCCAGGGCACCCAGCUCUCAGCCACACUUCACUGCUGUUCCAGCUCGUUGCUGAUCCAGACUCACAGCCGCGCCCUCCAUACUCUGUGCAGCCCACUCCCACUGCUGUGCAUCAGCCCCAGGCCCAUAACUGCAGAUGCUCCAGGCCCCGGGGCCCCUCUCAUCUACUUCUGUCCACUGUAUGUGGAGGAGGAGCUUGUGGCUUGGGUCCCUCUGUCAUCCAGACUGGAGCCCCAGACAUGCUCUCUGAGGCGGGUCCGAAUAGUCAGUCAGCUCUGA